GUGCGCCCUGGCGUGCUCGCACUCGGACGCUCUGCGCCCCCACGUACGCUCCCGGGCUCUGCGCGCCUCCGCCCGGGACCCCCAGCCCAGCUCCGCUUGAGCUAGGCCGCGCGGGCCGAGUGAGGCAACCGCGCCGGCCGGAGGAGCAGGAUGUCCUUCCAGGGCAAGAAGAGCAUCCCCCGGAUCACGAGCGACCGCCUUUUGAUCAAAGGUGGGAAGAUCGUCAAUGAUGACCAGUCCUUCUAUGCUGAUCUGUAUGUGGAAGAUGGUUUGAUAAAACAAAUCGGAGAAAACCUCAUUGUCCCUGGGGGCAUCAAAACCAUCGAUGCGCAUGGCCUGCUGGUCCUGCCAGGCGGCGUUGACGUCCACACGAGGCUGCAGAUGCCUGUCCUGGGCAUGACCCCUGCAGACGACUUCUGCCAGGGGACCAAGGCCGCCCUAGCGGGAGGGACCACCAUGAUCCUGGACCAUGUGUUCCCCGACGUGGGCGUGAGCCUCCUGGUGGCCUAUGAGCAGUGGCGGGAGCGCGCGGACAGUGGGGCCUGCUGUGACUACUCCCUGCACGUGGACAUCCCCCGUUGGCACGAGAGCAUCCGGGAGGAGCUGGAGGCCCUGGUCAAGGACAAAGGUGUGAACUCCUUCCUGGUCUUCACAGCGUACAAGGAUAGGUGCCAAUGCACAGACGGCCAGAUGUAUGAGAUCUUCAGCAUCAUCCGGGACCUGGGUGCCCUGGCGCAAGUGCACGCAGAGAACGGGGACAUCGUGGAGGAGGAGCAGAAGCGGUUGCUGGAGCUCGGCAUUACCGGCCCUGAGGGCCACGUGCUCAGCCGCCCCGAGGAGGUGGAGGCCGAGGCUGUGUACCGCGCUGUCACUGUUGCCAAGCAGGCCAACUGCCCCCUGUACGUCACCAAAGUGAUGAGCAAGGGUGCGGCCGACGUGGUCGCCCAAGCCAAGCGCAGGGGGGUGGUCGUGUUCGGGGAACCCAUCACUGCCAGUCUGGGGACCGACGGCUCACACUAUUGGAGCAAGAACUGGGCAAAGGCCGCGGCCUUCGUCACAUCGCCCCCCGUCAACCCGGACCCCAGCACUGCAGACCACCUCACCUCCCUGUUGUCCAGUGGGGACCUCCAGGUGACCGGCAGUGCCCACUGCACCUUCACCACUGCCCAGAAGGCCGUCGGCAAAGACAACUUCACACUCAUCCCCGAGGGCACGAACGGCAUCGAGGAGCGCAUGUCUGUGGUCUGGGAGAAAUGUGUGGCCUCAGGGAAGAUGGAUGAGAACGAGUAUGUGGCUGUGACCAGUACAAACGCAGCCAAAAUCUUCAACGUGUAUCCAAGGAAGGGGCGAGUGGCUGUGGGCUCCGAUGCUGACCUGGUUAUUUGGAACCCCAGGGCCACAAAAAUCGUUUCCGCCAAGAGCCACAACCUGAACGUGGAGUACAACAUUUUUGAAGGCCUCGAGUGCCGAGGAGCCCCCACGGUGGUCAUAAGUCAGGGCAGGGUUGUGCUGGAGGACGGGAACCUGUUCGUCACCCCCGGGGCUGGCCGCUUCAUCCCCCGGAAGACGUUCCCCGACUUCGUCUAUAAGCGGAUAAAGGCGCGCAACCGGCUGGCGGAGAUCCACGGCGUGCCCCGAGGCCUCUACGAUGGGCCCGUCCAUGAGGUGAUGGUGCCUGCCAAGCUGGGGGGCAGUGCCCAGGCCCGUGCGUCCUGCCCAGGGAAGAUCUCGGUCCCACCAGUGCGCAACCUGCAUCGGUCGGGGUUCAGCCUGUCUGGGUCUCAGGCUGACGACCACAUUGCCCGACGCACGGCUCAGAAGAUCAUGGCCCCCCCCGGCGGACGUUCCAACAUCACCUCGCUGUCCUAGGCGUCCCCUUGGGGCCCAGCGAGUUGGUGCUGUCCCACAGGGCAGCGGCUGGUGGGGGCCGCUCACCUCACUUAGCUCUCCCUUUGUUGAAUUUACCUGAAAGGUGCUUGGCCUCACCUUCCCCCCGAAACUCCCCUUUUGGGGUCCCAGGUCUUGUAGGAGGAGCCCGUGCAAGGAGAGGGGGGUUUCACUGCCAGGUUGAGGAGGCUGGAGGUGGUGGCCCUGAAGGACGGCCAGAUGCUGCACGAAGGCAGGGCUGCCACCCGGCCAGGCCCACCACAACCCCCAGGCCCUCACAGAUGCACGGACAGCGGGCCAGGCUGCAGGUUCGGGGCGCUUGCUCCCUUCUCCCUGUUGUGGAUCACUGCCCUGCAAAGCCCCGGGCCUCCCGCCGGCUCCUCUCCCUGUCCGCUUGGCGUGGGGGGAGCACCCACAAGGCUUCAGGGACCCAUCGGGAACUUAGCGAAGGGCGGCCUUGUUUGUACACGUUGCCAAGGACCAAACUUGGCCCGCGUAGUUGCCUGUCUCCAGGGGAGUCUUAGGAUCCUUUAGCUGAGAUGCUGUCCUUUUACUACUAAGUGUGCAUUGCAGUAGUUGGUUAGAGCAGUGGUUUUGUGCGUUGGGGACAACUGUAGCCGGCAAGCUGCAUGCCCCCCGCAGCCCCGACGGCGGCCUGCGCCCCAGGCCCCCGGGAAUCGGGUCAAUUAAAGGCGUCCGGGUGAGAA